AUGCUCAUCAUACCAACGCAAUCCUGCUCAUUCUUUCUCAACAACAAGAUGAAGUACUCUAUUGCUUCCAUUGCGUCUCUGGUUGCCCUCGGGGAGUGUCUUUCUUUGCCUCCUCUCAUUCCCAGCAUUCCUGGAGUGACCGAGCCUUUGACGACCAACGCUCCUCCUUUGCCUAUUUUGCAAGUCCCUACUCCUCCACUUGAGAGUCCUCCAUUUGAGUCGAGUGACAUCAAGCCAAAGAAAAUUGGUUAUUUCUGGACUGGCUCGGCAGACAAGUUCCAUAAAGACUUCCUUGCUACCUACAGUUUGGAUGAUGACACUUUUGGAACCCUUUUGUGGGUCACAGAUGUGCCCAGCAGCGGCAAUGACCCCCACCACCUGGGACCAUCGCUGGAUGGAAAGACCAUCUGGGGUGGUGGAUUGCUGUCUCUCUUGAAGACUCAAGAUACUGGCUUCUACUUCGAUACCUCCAACCCUUACCGCCCCAAGUUCUUGAAGAGUAACCGCGGUAUCCUUGCAUCCAUUGCGGAUGAGGUCCGGGCAAAGCCAGAUGGUGGAUUUUUCAUCACCUACAUGGGCUCGGCCGUUGGUACUUCGCCCGGUCGUCUCGUUGAGACUGAUGCCGAUUUCAACAUCAUCCACGAAUGGCCCGAGGAUGUGGAGGGCACCCUCAACAUUCUUGAGCAGCAGUUCUCUCCUCACGGACUUAGUAUCGAUUGGGAGAAGAAGCUCAUUCUGACUUCGGACUUCGUCGAGCCGAUUACUAUCUUGAAGCCCAGUCUCGGAGUCCGCCAUGCCGAUACACUGCGUCUCUGGGAUUUGGACUCUAGAAAGAUCCUCAGCACUCUUACCAUUCCUAAUGGUGGUGGUAUCCAAGAUGUCAAGUUCAUUCCCGGACACCCAGAAUCCGCUGCUAUCGCCACUGCCGUGCACCUGGGUCAGCUUUGGGUGAUUUACCCUCUGCGCAAGGACGCCCAUGGCAACCAGGGUGUGGUUGAGGAACUCUACGAUCUUGGUCCCAAGGCCCGUGACACCAUUGCUAUCUACUCCGAUAUCAGCCAAGACGGUAAAUACUUCUACGCCACCCUUACCACGGCCAACCACAUUGCCGCGCUAGACAUCAGCGACCUCAACAACAUCAAGCGCCUGGAUGACCCCGAUGAGGAUCAGCCUACCGUCGGACCUCACUAUAUCAAGGUCACACCUGACCAGAAGCACUUGGUCGUCACCGACUACUUCGUCCAGACUGGCGACAUUGGUAUCAUCAACACCCCGGCUGACUUCAAGGCGCUCUACAUCGACCUCAAUGAGGAUGGCAGCCUUUCUUUCAACCGCUCCAUUGACUUCCCGAAGGAGUUCGCCAAUCGUGGUGGUGCUAAGCCUCACUCUAGUGUGAUCUUCGAUCUCACUGACCCCGAGAACCCUCUCUACUACUGA